AUGUUAAUUAUUUGUAUUAAUGCUGAUGAAUAUGACUGUAUUCAAAAAGGAUAUAAUUUUGAAGAUGGAUUUGAAAAUGGAAAAGAUAAACAAUGUGAAUCACUCUCAAACGAUUAUUCAUAUUAUUUUAACAAGGCUUUCAAAUACUCUGGUUUAGCUUUUAAAUGUAACAGAACAUAUCUUGAUGGUAAGUUCACAAUGACAAGUUCAUAUGAUUACUGGAAUGCAAAAGUUAUUGAAGUUAUGGAUAAUUCUCAAAUUAAUUUAAAUGGAAGAUUUCAUACAUAUAAUGAAUUUAUCUUUAGAAAAAAUCUAUAG